AUGAAUAUCCUCGCGAUGCCUUGCGAAGGGGGCAGCAGCCCACCUGUGUCACCGAAAUCCAAGUGCGGCCGUCCUUCGCCCGACCUAGCGUCGCUUCUCACGUUUUGUGGAACGGUGACUAGGCCAGCGGCAGAAAUAGGGAGUGCCUGUCUGGCGUCCUGUCCCUCGUCGGUCCCUCCACGUCGCAGCAGCCUUCCGCACAAGAGGCGGCGCGAGGCUGGGCAACCCCCUGUUUCUUGUAGUGGCUGUCCCCCGACCUUGAACCUCCGCGAAGAUGCUUCGCCGAAGCGCGCCCCUCAGGUUGGCAGCGAGGCGUCCUCUGGAGGCUCCGACGGUGCAGCCAGUGCGGUUGACCCAGUGAAAGCCGCGGAGGAGCUUACCCACUUUUGUGGUGCUGCAGCUUCGUGCGCCACUCCUGCCGGUAUCCCCGCGAGUUUCGGAAGCGUUCCUUCGGGGGGGGACGCGGAGCUGCAAGAACAGUUUGGACUGCUGGACUGUUUUUUCCUUUUGAUGAGUUUCUUGCCUCAGCCUGCUGACCCCCUCCUGCCAACCGACGCAGCACCGUCUGCGGACUGCGCGGCUUCAGAUUUGGCUCCUAUGGACGUAUCCUCCCGUUUCGGUGACUUCCCAGCUACGGCCGACUUCCCACCAGACUCAGGCUGCUGCGAGUCGCUCCACUGCAGGCCACGAGAAGUCACAUUUGCCGCACGGGGAGCCGACCCCUUCAGCAGAGCUGAGACGACGGCAGACAGCUGUUCCCCGCCCCUCUCCAGGGAUGACGAGGGCACAGCCUUUGGCGAAACUGCUCUCCAGGUCAAGCAACCUCUCUUCACGCCUUUUGGCUUGCUGCCACUAGUGACGGAGACUUUCUCCGCCAGCGUUGCUUCGGCUGCGGUGGUCGGCCCCGACGAAGACUCGCCGCGCACCGAGGGAAGCGGAGAUGGGUUCACGCCAAGUUGCUUCAGGCAAAAAGGAGACGCCCUCGAACAAGGAGAGCAUGCAACUCGAUCGGCUGUAUCGCAAGCCCCUCACUUAGUAGGUUCUGAGGGAGACUCCUAUCGCCGUCUGUUUCCGUUUGUCUUCCCGAUAUGGUCAGCGGUCGCCGCUGCCAUUGCAUCUACCGGAGGGGAUCCAGGGUUUCCGGCGCAUUCUAACUCCUUUUGCGAUAUGAAAUUAUCACAAGAGGCCAUCCGCCUGAUUUUCAGAGACCUGCAACACGCCUGCUUGCCGAAGCUUUCCAGGGCGCUGUCCAUGUCACCCCGCGAGGCGGAGUACGUAUCCAGAGCCUUACGACGCCAUGCAGAAAUGAUUGAGAACCUAAGCGCCGCUCACCCGUUUGCGCAUUGCACCAGUCCGUACGGCUUCAGUCUCCUCUUCUGGCCCUAUUUGUCUAUCUUCAAGCAGUGUCUGAUGAACUGUGUCAUGCCGUCGUCGCUCUCGAAGUUCGAGCAAAUCAGGCUGCUUCUCCUGGUGUGCAAUACUCCCGAGCCUCCUCGUGCCCCCGGUGCAACUGCACCUCGCUAA